AAUGAAGGUACCUUAUUUACUAGUCAUUAAUAUUUAACUAAUACUUUUAAUCAAGCUAACCAUAGAAAAAUAAGCAUGGCGAUAGACAAUUUAAUAAGUUCAGUGUCUUUGUAUGUACCCCGUCACAUUGCGUUACAUGGAGCAAUUUUCCCAUUUCUCAUUCUGUAUGGAAUAUGGUCGUAUAUUUGCCUAUAUGCUACACUACUUUUGAUUGAUCUUUAUUUUGUUGGUAUUUUCACUAUUGCCAUUGCUCAAAUAUUAUGCUCUCUUUGCUGUUACUGGUCUGUGUCAUUCAGGUGUGUUUUGUCAUGUAAACAUGUUACUUCUCCUCAAGCAGCAACUUUAGUCAAAGUUGUUCCAACACCAAACAAUGGGUUUACGGAACUAGUGGUUUUAAAGUCAUACAAGGAUGAACAUCAGGAAAAUAUUGUAUGGUUUAGAUACCAGGAAAUCAAGUAUGUUUGGUUUGAAGAAAAGAAAAGUUUUCGUUCUUUAGAAUUUCCAAUUUCUAAAACAAUUUCAGAGUAUACAAAUUCUAAAGGGUGUGAAACAGAUGAACAGUUAGCAAAAGCAGUACAACUGUAUGGUCGUAAUCAAUUAAAUAUACAAUUACCGAAGUUUGAUGAUUUAUUUAUUGAACGUGCUACUGCACCUUUUUUUGUAUUCCAAGUAUUUUGUAUUGCAUUGUGGUGUUUUGACAAGUAUUGGUACUAUUCUUUAUUUACUUUAGCAAUGUUGGUUUUAUUCGAGUGUACUUUAGUAAAACAGCAAAUUCGAAAUAUGGAAGAAAUUCGUAACAUGGGAAAUAAGCCAUUUUCUUUGCAUGUCUAUCGUAACAAAAAAUGGCAAUCCAUUUUUAGCGAUGAGCUCACACCAGGUGAUUUAGUUUCAAUUACAAGGGCUCAUAAUGAUCAAUCUGUUCCAUGUGAUCUUCUAUUGCUAAGGGGUUCAUGUAUUGUUGAUGAAAGUUUGCUAACUGGUGAGUCAAUACCACAAAUGAAAGAACCAGUUGAAAAUAUUACUGACUUAAAGAGGAACUUAGAUUUUGAGUCAGACAAGAAAUUGCACAUUUUAUUCAGUGGUACUAAAGUUGUACAGCAUACAUCACCUUCAAAAGCCACAUCUAAUGUACGUGCUCCAGAUAAUGGAUGUAUAGCAUAUGUUUUACGAACAGGUUUUAAUACAUCUCAAGGAAAUUUAUUACAAACUAUAUUAUUUGGAGUAAAACAUGUAACGGCAAAUAAUAUGGAAACUUUAGCAUUUAUAAUAUUUUUGUUAAUUUUUGCAAUUGCUGCUGCUGCUUAUUUAUGGAUUAAAGGAACUGAAGAUCCAAAUCGUAGUCGUUAUAAAUUGUUUCUUGAGUCUGCCCUUAUACUUACAUCCGUUAUACCACCAGAAUUGCCUGUAGAGCUAUCUUUGGCUGUGAAUGCUUCAAUUUUAUCACUAUCAAAACUUGGUAUAUAUUGUACUGAACCUUUUCGUAUACCAUUUGCGGGAAAAGUUGAAAUAUGCUGUUUUGACAAGACUGGAACAUUGACAAAAGAUGAUUUAAUCGUUGAAGGUAUUGCUGGCAUUAAAAAAGAUAUGAUUCCAAUGAGUGAUGCUCCUGAAGAUACUAUUCAAGUUCUAGCCUCUUGUCAUUCAUUGGUUCAACUAGAAAAUACCCUAGUGGGUGAUCCUAUUGAAAAAGCUUCUUUAAAUGCAAUUAACUGGAUAUUAUCAAAAAGUGACUUUAUUGUACCUAAAAAAGGAAAACUAGCUCCUUUGAAGAUAUUAAAUAGGUUUUAUUUUUCAUCUUCUCUUAAAAGAAUGUCUGUUUUAGCAGUUUAUAAAAUUGCUCAAAAAACUAUACAUAUAGCAAGUGUUAAAGGUGCACCUGAAGUUCUGAAAUCUAUGUUAGAAACAAUUCCUGAAAACUAUGAUAGUACUUAUCUAGAAUUAGCUGGACGCGGAGCAAGAGUUCUUGCACUUGCUAGAAAAGAAAUGAGUAUCAACCCAAAUGAUUUAAAAAAUUUAAAACGAGAAGAUUUGGAAUGUGAUUUAAAGUUUGUUGGUUUUGUUGUGGUUUCUUGUCCAUUAAAACAAGACUCAAAAAAUGUCAUCAAAGAAUUAUUAGCUUCUUCCCAUUUGGUAACCAUGAUUACAGGAGAUAAUGCUUUAACAGCAUGCUAUGUUGCAAAGGAAUUAAAUUUUACGAGAUCGUCAAGUCAAAUUAUCUUGACUCUUGCUGAAGUAGGUGCAAAAUGGAGUUGGGUAAACGAGAGUUGUAAGAUUUUGGAGCCUUUGAAUGAAAAUGUAAAAGAUUUAGUAAGAUCAUAUGAUUUAUGCUUAACGGGAGAUGGACUUGCUUUCCUCGAUCAAAAUUACAGUGACAUAUUGAAAAAAGUAAUACCACAUGUGUGUGUAUUUGCUAGAGUUGCUCCAAAAGAAAAAGAAUUUAUUGUAUUAAUGUUAAAGGAACUAGGAUAUUCAACUUUGAUGUGCGGAGAUGGUACGAAUGACGUUGGGGCUUUGAAGCACGCUCAUGUUGGAAUUGCUCUACUUGCAGGAACUAAAGAAAGAAGAAUUAAAAAAACAGAAAUAUUUCCUAGUAAAAUAAGAAAACCAGGAGAAAAUAUGUCUGAUCAAAUGAAAAGAAUGAUAAAGGAAAUGGAAGAAGAGAAGUUUACUGUAGUUAAGUCAGGAGAUGCUAGUAUUGCUGCACCAUUUACUAGUAAAUUUUCUUCUGUGACUUGUGUUUGCCAUGUAAUUAAACAAGGCCGUUGUACAUUAGUUACUACACUUCAGAUGUUUAAAAUACUUGCUUUGAACGCUCUAAUUGCAGCAUACAGUCAGUCAGUACUUUAUGUGAAAGGCAUAAAAUUUAGCGAUUCUCAAGCUACAUUACAAGGAAUAUUAUUAGCUGCUUCAUUUUUGUUCAUUUCAAGAUCAAAACCUUUAAAGGUUUUGUCUAAACAAAGGCCACUUCCAAAUAUUUUUAAUAUUUAUACUAUCUCAACAGUAUUAUUACAAUUUAUUAUGCACUUUAUUAGUUUAGUGUUUCUAGUUCAAGAAGCUAGUUUAUAUACCGAAGAUGAUGCUAAAAAUAUUUCUCUUACUUCAAAUUUUAAUGUGUCAUCUACCUUAAACUCCACACAGACGGAUAACGAAUCGGAAUUUAAGCCAAACGUAAUCAAUAGUGCGGUUUAUAUUAUAUCAAUGUCACUACAACUUUUUACUUUUUCUGUGAAUUACAGAGGACGUCCUUUUAUGGAGAAUUUUACAGAAAAUAAACCUUUAUUGUACAGUACAUUAGCUACAAUAGCGAUAACAUUAUGUCUGAGUAUGGGUAUAAUUGAUGGCCUAAACGAACACUUUGAAAUUGUACAGUUUCCCUACUCUUUUCGCGUGACUUUAAUUGGUGUUCUUAUUUUAGAUUUUCUUGGCUCAUAUAUAAUAGAUCGACUAUGUUUGUGGCUUUUUGGUGAAGGAAAAUUAGAAAAAGCAGUUUUUAAUUAAAUCAUAAUAUUUGAUAAGAUUUUUUAAAAAACUGUAUUCAAUUACUAUUAGUUAUAUAUUGUCAUUAUGACCAAUAAUUUUGAAUGGUUUAACAUCUAAAUAAUUAAAU